UCUCUCAUUCUGUCUCCAGUUCUCUGUCUCCAUAGGCAUCACAUUUUCCCAUUUUCUCCCUGCUGCUGGCAAAACCUGACAUCUGGCCCUCUGCUGCCACAGCUGCUGCAGAUGUUGCAGCCAAGGCUGUCCAGGACGGUGUGACCAGAGACAACAAUAGGGGUGAAGAGGAAUGAGGGCAGAGGGUCCAGCUGGGGGAAGCUUGACUGUAGCCAGUUUGCAGGAUUUCCUUCCGCUGAAACUUAGGCUGAGCCUCGCAAGUUUUUGUUGCUUGGCUGAUUCUCCUGGGAGAGGAGGCCAACCUCUCACACCCAGUCCCACCAGUUGUCGUCCAGUAUCCCUCCAGCAUUCCACUGUUUCUGGAUUGGUUCAUUCUCAUCAGCACCAUGGGUGAGCCAUUUGACUGUGCAAAAUGCAGUGAGUCCCUGUAUGGCCGCAAGUAUAUCCAGACAGACAGUGGCCCCUACUGUGUGCCCUGCUAUGACAACACCUUCGCUAACACCUGUGCUGAGUGCCAGCAGCUUAUUGGACACGACUCGAGGGAGCUAUUCUAUGAAGAUCGCCACUUCCACGAGGGCUGCUUCCGCUGCUGCCGCUGCCAGCGCUCCCUAGCUGAUGAACCCUUCACUUGUCAGGACAGCGAGCUGCUGUGCAAUGACUGCUACUGCAGUGCCUUCUCUUCACAGUGCUCUGCCUGUGGGGAAACCGUCAUGCCUGGGUCCCGGAAACUAGAGUAUGGAGGCCAGACAUGGCACGAGCAGUGCUUCCUGUGCAGCGGCUGUGAGCAGCCACUGGGCUCCCGCUCCUUUGUGCCCGACAAAGGCGCUCACUACUGCGUGCCCUGCUACGAGAACAAGUUUGCUCCUCGCUGUGCCCGCUGCAGCAAGACGCUGACCCAGGGCGGAGUGACCUACCGUGAUCAGCCCUGGCAUCGAGAGUGCUUGGUGUGCACUGGGUGUGAGACGCCCCUGGCAGGGCAGCAGUUCACCUCUCGGGACGAUGAUCCCUACUGUGUGACCUGUUUUGGAGAACUCUUUGCACCUAAGUGCAGCAGCUGCAAGCGCCCCAUCACAGGUGGAACAGGACUCGGUGGAGGCAAGUACGUGUCCUUUGAAGACCGGCAUUGGCACCACAGCUGCUUCUCCUGUGCACGCUGCUCCACCUCUCUGGUGGGCCAAGGCUUUGUGCCAGACGGAGACCAAGUGUUGUGCCAGAGCUGCAGCCAGGCAGCGCCUUGAGCCAGAGUUCCCAGCCUGGGUGUGCCCAAACCAGGACUCCAGGACUGUGGCUCCUUUUCUGAACCACCUCGUAACCCAGCCCCUCCCUAGAAUGGGGCUCCCCUGGGCUCCAGGAUUCAGUCUCCUUACUCCAUCAUAUCCCAACUGGUACUCCCUCAUCCAAGCCCCCAAGCAUCCAUGAUUCAGGCCCCCCACUCCAAGUCUGGACUGUACAACCCAGCCCCCCAUCCCUGCAGUGUGGAUUUCCAUACCAGGCCUCCUUUUCCAGGCUGGAUCCAGACUUGCGCCUCCAAACUUGCUGUGGGACUUAGGUCCCUUAAAUCUAGACCUCUCUGCAUAUAUUAUUUUAGGUCUCCUGCUUGCCUGAGAAGUCUUCCUAGUACUCAGGCUUGGCCCCUGUCUAACCCCAGGGCUGGGGCUGUCUGGGCAGUAGAGGGGGGGUCUCACUGGUUAGGGGUCCCAAGUACAGGAUGCUACCUAGUCCGUUUCCAUCAAGCAUCUUUUCAUAGUAUUUAAGCUCCAUUUUGUUCAGAAAUGGGCAGAGGGGGGAUUGGCACACUCCCCGCUUCCAGAGUCUGCAAUAAAGCAGUGCAAGGAAGCACA